GCUUGUCUGAAUUGGACCACAUCAAGGUUGGUACUCGAAAGGCCAUUGAGACAGCAGUGGCCAAGUGGAAAAAUGGCAGUGCCAAGGGGAUGGAAGCGAUGUGCUUCAGGGCUAUGAAGGAGAAUUGCGUUCAAUGUCGUGCGAAGAAGGCAAAACGAAAUUCCGUGGAGAUGUGUGUCAAGAAAUUUCUGCUGGGCCAAGCACGCGGAGUCCUGUCUACUUGCUGGCUCAGUUGGAAGAAGGAUGCCCUGGAGUCACAGCGCCUGGCUGCUGAGCACAAGCGCUUCGAGGACUUCCUCGACGGAGAGCGUCAGGGAGCUCUGAGUAGACCAGCUAGAUCCAAUGACUUGACUUGA